AAGUACCAACAGUAGAAACAUGGACUGUUUCAGAAGAAAAGAUGUCAGUUUCUGUCCACAGAGAAGAAGAGUAUUCAUAUGAUGUUACAGAGCCAACAGAACAUGAGAAAACAGUUGAAGAAAGAUUCUUUGAAGCUGUUUACCCAGUUGAAGCACAUAAGGAAGUUGAGGAAGAGGAAGAAGUCGUUUCUACAGAACUGGAGAUCUCUCAUGUUGAAGUGCCUGAGAUACCAAAGAGGCGCAUUCCAGAAGAAAGAAAGCCUGUUCCCGUCCCUAAAACAGAAGCUCCAUCAGCUAAAGUGCCUGAAGUCCCUAAGAAAACUGUUCCAGAAAAGAAAGUUGCUGUUGCUAAAAAGGAGGUGGCUCCUCCAGCAAAAGUGCCAGAGGUUCCUAAGAAAGCUCCACCAGAGAAAAAAGUUGCUGUUCCAAAAAGAGAGGAAGCUCCAACACCUAAAGUGCCUGCAGUUCCUAAGACACCUGUCCCUAAAGAAAAAGUAUCUCCUGCUGUUCCUAAAAAACCUGAGGCUCCUCCAGCUAAAGUGCCUGAAGUGCAGAAGAAAGCCAGUUUUGAAGAAAGAGUACUUAUUACAGAAGAAAGAAUAUCCGUUGCCAUUCCAGAGGAAAUCCCAUUACCUGAAGAACCAACAGUUGAAGAAUGGUCUGAAGAAGAAGCAGAGGAAGUAUCUAUUUCCAUUCACAGAGAAGAUAUUUCUGAAGUUACUGAAGAAGAGUCUUACUACAUAGAGGAGACAGUAACUGUUCCAGAAAGAGAGGAAGCCCCACCCACAAAAG